AUGCGUGCCCUCCUGAGUCGCGGGGCUGCGCUGUGGGGCCGUCUGAGCCCAUCAGCUGCUCGCUGCAGUGUGUUUCCUCGUCGUUUUUUCUCUUCUGCUGCAGCAGCAGCAGCAGCAGCAGCAGCACCGUCAGCAGCAGCAGCAGCAGCAAAGUCCUCUGGCGCAGGAGGGGCACCAGCAGCAGCAGCAGCAGCAGCAGCAGCAGCAGCAGGGGGUGCAACAGGCCGCAUAUCUCAGGUGAUUGGUGCUGUUGUUGACGUGGAGUUUGACGGUCCCCUUCCCCCUAUCCUGAACUCUCUAGAGGUUGUGCUGCAGCAGCAGCAGCAGCAGCAGGAGCAGCAGCAGGAGAGAUUGGUGCUGGAGGUUGCGCAGCACUUAGGCGAAAAUGUCGUACGCACAAUCGCCAUGGACGGCACGGAUGGCCUCGUGAGGGGGCAGCUCGUCAGAGACACAGGAAACCCUAUUCAGGUUCCUGUUGGUGGCUGUACACUCGGGCGCAUAAUGAACGUCAUCGGUGACCCCGUCGAUGGCUGCGGUGUCAUCGCAGCUCCACAAAAAUAUUCAAUUCAUCGCCCGGCUCCUUCUUUUGCCGAUCAAGCAACAGAUCCAGCAUUACUGAUAACGGGUAUAAAGGUGGUGGAUUUGAUGGCUCCAUACGCGAAGGGAGGAAAGAUAGGUUUAUUUGGCGGUGCUGGUGUAGGUAAGACCGUCUUAAUAAUGGAGCUUAUAAACAACGUCGCGAAGAAGCACGGUGGUUUCUCUGUAUUUGCGGGUGUUGGUUCACUACAAGAAAGAAUAACAACAACAAAGAAAGGCUCAAUUACCUCUGUACAGGCGGUGUAUGUACCUGCCGAUGAUCUUACUGAUCCAGCACCAGCAACAACAUUCGCUCAUCUUGAUGCCACAACUGUUUUAUCGAGACAAAUUAGUGAACUUGGUAUAUAUCCUGCUGUUGAUCCUCUCGAUUCUACAUCUCGUAUGCUGGCGCCAGAGAUAGUAGGGGAGCAGCACUACGCAGCAGCACGAGCGGUGCAGAAGGUGCUUCAGGAUUAUAAAUCAUUGCAGGAUAUUAUUGCUAUAUUAGGAAUGGAUGAAUUAAGCGAAGAAGAUAAACUUGUGGUGGCUAGAGCCAGAAAAAUGCAGAGGUUUCUAUCGCAACCAUUCACCGUCGCGGAGGUAUUCACGGGGAAACCUGGCCGUUUUGUUGAACUCCAGGAUACAAUUCAAGCAGCUCAGGAUAUAGUAGAAGGAAAAGUAGAUGAUCUACCUGAAGCUGCUUUUUAUAUGUGCGGUGGUCUCGAUGAAGUGAAAGAAAAAGCAAUCAAAAUGGCGCAGAGUGCAGCCGCAUAA